AUGGAAAACUUAACAACAGCUCCAAACCUGAACAACACUUUAGGGAUUUGGACAGACUACAGUAUCCAGUACAAAGUGAUAAGCAGUUUUCUGCUUUUUGUGAUUUGCGUUUUGGGAAUCGUUGGAAAUGUUAUGGUCAUCUUGGUGGUGCUCACUACCAAACACAUGAGGACUCCUACUAACUGCUACCUGGUCAGUUUGGCUGUGGCUGAUCUGAUGGUGCUGACAGCGGCUGGUUUACCGACUAUCACGGACAGUAUCUUUGGAUCUUGGGUGUUUGGCCACUAUGGGUGCCUCUGCAUUACCUACUUUCAGUACCUCGGGAUCAACGCCUCUUCUUGUUCCAUAACAGCGUUUACUAUAGAGAGAUACAUCGCCAUCUGUCAUCCUAUUAAAGCUCAGUUUCUGUGCACUUUGUCCAGAGCAAAGAAAAUCAUUUUGUUCGUUUGGGCUUUUACGUCUCUUUACUGCGUCAUGUGGUUUUACCUGUCAGAUAUCCAGGAGCUGGUGUACGAAAACAUCACCAUUAUCACCUGCGGCUACAGAGUGUCCAGGAAGUUUUAUUUGCCUAUUUACUUUUUCGAUUUCGGCGUCUUCUUCGUGUUGCCGCUGCUCCUCUCCGCGGUCCUGUACGGGCUCAUCGCCAGGAUCCUCUUCCUCAACCCGCUGCCCUCCGACCCAAAAGACAAGAAGAAGAAGAAUGGACACAACAAUCACGCCAUCAAUAAGAGCACCAGCUGUAAAAACUCUCGCCACUCCAGCUCCACCGCGACCUCCCGCAGACAGGUGACCAAGAUGCUGGCAGUGGUGGUGAUCCUGUUCGCCAUGCUCUGGAUGCCGUACCGCACAUUGGUGGUGGUCAACUCCUUCCUGGACCGGGCCUACUUGGACAGCUGGUUCCUGCUCUUCUGUCGAAUCUGCAUCAACCUCAACAGUGCCAUCAAUCCGGUCAUCUAUAACGCCAUGUCUCAGAAGUUUCGCGCCGCUUUCCGCAAGAUCUGUGGCUGCGGGUGGAAGGGCUCAGAUAAACCUGCUACCUACAGCGUGGCUCUCACCUACAGCGUCGUCAAGGAUACGUCGAUUGUGGAGAGCACGGAUCACUUCACAACAGAGCUGGAGGAGCUCACUGUCACAGACGAACUGUUGUCUGAUCAGAAAAUGAUGUUCCCAGACUCCUCUGUAUAUGGGAAAGUGAAUUUCAGCGAUGCUUGA